AUGCAAAAUAAAAAAAAUAAAAAUUCAAAAUCGGGUCAAAAUAUCGAUCAACAACAAACACCCAAACGUAAACUUAAACAAACAGAAAGGGCCUCUAAAUAUUUUACUUCUAAUGUUGUACCUGAUAAAAAAGAGACUAUUACUAAAAACAAAAAAAUUGUAUUAGAUAAUUCAAAAACUAAAAGACUAUCAUCAUUAUCACCGAUUGCUCAUAAUGCGAUCAUUUGUUCAUUGAUUCCACGUGAUAUACAAUAUCUUUUUGAAAAGGCAUUAAAACCCAAUGAUAAAUCUCGUGGAAGAAAUUUAUUAACUAUUUUAAACGAAUUUUGUAAAUGGUGGCAACGUUAUUUUACAGUUACAACAAAAUUUCGAGGACUUUGUACGAGAGAAUUUGAUGAUUUUGGUGUAGACGGUGUUAGAAAAGAGCAUUUAAUAAGUUCAGAAAAUAUUGAAUCCAUCGAGGCAUUUCGUAAAUGUUUUAAAGAUCGUGAAGGUAGUUGUGACAUAUCUGCUCAAUUAUUUGUCUCAGCUUUGCGUUCGUUAGGAGUUCCUGCUAGAUUAGUUAGUUCAUUGCAACCCGUUUCUUUCACAUUUGCGCUAUUAGGAAUUGGUACUUAUAAACUAAGUUUACAAAACAAACAUAUUGAAGAAAAAGAAGACGAUCAUAAUCAAGAUGAGUAUAGUAAUUUCAAUAAUACCAAAAGAAAAAGAUCAACAACUGUUUAUUUUGAAGUACAUAAAAAAUGGUUUUGUGUUGAUCCUAUUCGGUUCACAGUGAAUGAACCACGUUCAAUGGAACCAGCUACUAAUGAUCAUAAUAAUGUGUUGGCUUAUGUUGUUGCUUUUGAUGAAAGUGAAUAUAUUAAAGAUGUUACACGUAGAUAUACAACUAAAUGGGGUGCAAAAACACGAAAAUUACGCGUCCCACCUACAAAGGAUGGUUACGAUUGGUGGAGUGAGUCAUUAUCCUGUUUUACUUGUCCAUUUGAAACGGAACAAGAUAAAAAUGAAAAUGAAGAAUUGGCAUCAUUAGAAAUAUCAGAAAAGUUUCCAUCAUCUAUUAGUGAAUUUAAUAAUCAUCCAUUAUACGCACUUGAACGACAUUUAAAAAAAUAUGAAAUACUUUUUCCCAAAGAACCAGUCAUUGGGCAUAUUCGUGGUGAAUCAAUUUAUCCUCGUAAAAAUAUUAAACAGUUGCAUACAACUGAAACCUGGUUAAGAGAAGGACGUCAAAUAAAAGAAGGAGAACAGCCGUUGAAACAUGUGAAAUCACGAAUUUAUACGAUGAGUAAACGACAAGCAAUUUUAUUUGAUGAAAAAGUUCCAGAAGUAGGAUUAUAUGGUGAAUGGCAAACAGAAGAAUAUGCACCCAAACCUAUUGUUAAUGGAAUUGUUCCUAAAAAUCCUUAUGGAAAUUUAGACAUGUUUAAACCUAGUAUGUGUCCACCUGGAGGUAUUCAUAUUGAAGUUAAUGGUAUAGCAAAGAUUGCAAAGAAACUAGGUAUCGACUAUGCUGAAGCAGUGGUUGGAUUUGAUUUUCAUUCUCAUCGAUGUGUUCCUGUUGUUAAUGGAAUUGUAAUUGCUGAAGAAUAUUCAACUAUGUUACUUGAGGCAUGGCAUGAACAUAUAACAAAUGUAGAAGCUUUAAGUAAUGCCAAAAAAGAUAAGGAGGCUUUAGCAAGAUGGAAAAGAUUAAUUGUAGGAAUAAAAAUAAAAAUGAGAAUUCAUAGUGAUUAUUUUAGUAGAGGAGGAGAUGAAACCGAUGAUGAUGGAAAUAUUGAGAAUGAUAAUGCUAAUGAUGACGUAGAAGCAGCAUUUAAAAAGUCGGAACAAUAUCAAUCUAUGGAUAUUGAUGAUGAUGUUGAUGGUGGCUUUUUAAUUGAUUAA